AUGAAUCAGCAAGGAAAGCAACGUUUCAAGAAAAGAAGGAAAGGUCUAAUGAAGAAGGUGAGAGAGCUGAGUGUUCUAUGUGACGUGAAGGUCUGUGCAUUAGUGUAUGCUCCCAACGAGUCUCAGCCAGUGGAUGUUUGGCCAUCUGAACCAGAAGCCAUGCGUCUUGUUCAGAGGUUCAAGAGCAUACCUGAGAUGGAGAAGAGCAAGAAGAUGAUGAACCAAGAGAGUUUUCUUAGACAGCGUAUCACCAAGCUACAAGAACAACUCCAGAAGCAGGAGAAGGAUAACAGAGAGAUGGAAACCAGUGUGUUUUUGUAUAGAGCUUUGGGUGCAGGUGGGAGUGUUUUACAGUGCAUGAAUGUUCAGGAUGUCACGUCCCUUGCAUGGCUUGUUGAGAUGAAGAUUAAGGCUGUGCAGGAGAGGCUUGAUCUUUUGCUUACCAAGGCUAGAAUGCCACUCAAGGUGGAGCAGCAGGAGGUGGAGAAGGUUGUGGUCACUGGGACUACAACAGAAUCAGCACCGGCACCGGCACCGGCACCGGCACCGGCAAUGGGUUUGAACCUGGAGGAGUUCCAAGCACAAGAUUGGUUCAUGAGAGCUAUGAUGGGCAACCAAUACCAUCCUCCUCCUUCUGCCAAUGCUCCUCCUCCUCCUCCUCAUCCUCAUCCUCAUCAUCAGGAUCAAGGGAAUGUUAACAUGACUUCUAAUUUCAUGGGAGACCUGGGUCUUAAUCUCAUGCAGAUGCAGCAGCCUUAUGUUAAUGACCAUUAUGGAGACUCUUUCCUUGACUCUCUCUUCUCUCACUAA